GGCAUGGGGCUGGUCUGAAUCCCGGACAGUGGUUAUAACCUCAAAAGCACUCAAAAAGGAAAAAAAGAGCAAUGUCGAGAUUGUAGCGAGACUCGUGAGUGCCAAAAUCGCGUGACGAAAUUGGAGAUCAACUAUAGAAUGUCGAUCGAUUUAAUCAGCUUGAAUAUAAUAAUUGCUGACACUUGUCUCGCAAAAGGAUGUUGUAGUGAACAAAUUACAGACAAGCGAAUAAGUUAUUCUUGUUAAUUGUUCUCGUAACGCUGGCGCUGGAUUCACAAACCUGUCAAGGUACGUCCCUAUAUUCCAUUCAAUUCCCAAUUCUAAGCAUCAUUGAAUCUGUGAAUAUCAACUUUUGUCAAAUCAUUUCCAUCUGGAGAAAUUUGAUUGGAAUUUAAAGGCGUUUAAAAUGUCGAAGAACAAAUUGAAUUUAACGCUACCGCCGGGAGCAAUAGAACCAGUUCCGGCUGUUUCUCCAUCGCCUCCAGUUCCACCACUACCAACGUAUUCGGAACCUCCAGUAAUUCCAGAGCGUCGUAAUUUCAUUUCCAGCGGUGUCAUGGGAAAAAUGAGUAUAGAUGCAAUUCAAGAGAGAUUAGAGGAGCUCGAAAUGGAUGAGGAACAGAGGAAAAGACUCGAAAGUUUUCUUGGACAGAAAGAAAAAGUCGGCGAACUAUGCGACGAGGAUUUUGAAAAACUGGGGGAAUUAGGAGCCGGAAAUGGUGGCGUUGUUAUGAAAGUCAGGCAUAAAAAAUACGGUCUCAUUAUGGCACGAAAGUUAAUACAUCUGGAGGUGAAACCAGCAAUCAAAAAGCAGAUUAUAAGGGAACUGAAAGUCCUCCACGAGUGCAAUUUUGCGCAUAUUGUUGGAUUUUACGGUGCCUUUUACAGCGAUGGAGAAAUUAGUAUAUGUAUGGAAUACAUGGACGGCGGUUCUCUCGAUUUGAUACUCAAAAAAGCGGGAAGGAUUCCCGAGCCCAUUUUGGGGACAAUCACUUCUGCGGUUCUAAAAGGCCUGAGCUACUUAAGAGACAAGCAUGCGAUAAUGCACAGGGAUGUCAAACCGAGUAACAUUUUGGUGAACAGUGCGGGAGAAAUAAAAAUUUGCGACUUCGGAGUUUCCGGUCAGUUAAUCGAUUCCAUGGCGAAUUCAUUCGUCGGAACUCGAAGUUACAUGUCGCCGGAGAGGUUGCAAGGCACCCAUUACUCGGUUCAAAGUGAUAUCUGGUCACUUGGACUCUCUCUGGUAGAAAUGGCUAUCGGCAUGUAUCCGAUUCCGCCUCCAGACACUAAAACCCUGACGUCGAUAUUUGGUCCACAGCAAGGUCAGUCUACGACAGAAAAUUCGGCGAUAAAUAGUAUUCCUACACCAACUUCUCAGUCUCCGGCACAUAACGCGAGUACUCCGAGGCCAAUGGCGAUAUUUGAAUUGCUGGAUUACAUAGUGAACGAGCCACCACCGAAACUACCAUCCGGUAUAUUCAGUGAUUCUUUUACUGACUUUGUGGACAGAUGUCUGAAGAAAAAUCCCGCUGAAAGAGCUGAUUUGAAAACGCUCAUGAAUCACGAAUGGAUCAAGAAAGCGGAAUCGGAGAAUGUGGAUAUUGCUGGCUGGGUGUGUCGCACAAUGGAUCUUCAGCCUACCACCCCAACGCGCUUAGCGAACGUGCAGUCCUGAAUAAAUGUAACUCUUACAUACUUAACUACUUACAUCCGCGUUCAGUACUCGUAAGUCAUCUUUAAGUUACUUUUUUUUUCAAAUGGCGAGUUUUAAAGUUACAGCAAAAGUAGUUUAAAAUUGAAGAGUUAUCCUCUGUUUUGGGUCCUUGUGCUUUCCAAGAAAAAGAGCAAGAAGACAUUAGUGACCAAACAUUAUAACUCACGCUCGCCACAAAGAUUUUCAUUUUGACUUACAUCCUUGGUUAGAUGUACUUUUUCUUUUCGAAGUAUGUAAGAAGAGCCAAUUAAGAAAUAAGUUUAGUAUUAUUAAAUUGCAUCGCCGACAUUCUUUUGUCAACGAGCAUAUACACAAAAAGGAAAGAAAUAGAGCAAAUAACUAAGUAAGUAGAGGAGAGAUACCGGAUAAUCUCAGAAUUAUGUCAAUGUAUACACAAACUAAAAAAGUUACAAUGAGAACUCUAUCGGAUUACGGUACAUUUGGAAAGUUUGUAAUCAACAAAUCAAAUAUUUAUAGAAUCAAGAGAAAUCGACGUUUUAAUGUUAAGGAUAGGUUUAAGGAGGUCUGAUUUUUAAGCUUCCUCGGCCCGCAAAACGCUUAAUAUCAACGCUUUUCGGUAUGUAAGAAAAUUAAGUAUUGAUAAAUAGUCUAUGAAGAGAGAAAUAUUUUAAUUGAAAAGUGUUCGAAAUUCAGAUACAGUUUUUUUUUUAUUUCUUCUGGAUGAAUAUAAUUUGAAACGCUUAAAUCUGCGUAGGCGAAAUAUUGGCAUUCUCCAAAUAUUUUGCUUGCGCAGAGAAAUAUUUAUAAAUAUGUCUCAGAUUCGAAUUUCGAGAUUGAGUGUAUGAAACAUUGUUCUUCUUAAAAACAUUUAAAGAAAGGGAUGCAAAAGAAAACCGGUCAAAUCUGUGCAGAAUGAUGCGUAGUGAAGUAAAAUGCGCAGCUUGAACAAAUUGCGCUUUCCAUUUCGGGACACAGAAAUUAUAAUGUGCCCAACUGCCCAUUUUAUAUAUGUAUAAACUUAUGUAAAAGGAAUGCGCAAAAGCGGAAGCUUGUCCAAAUAUAUUACACUUACAAACGGAAAA